CAAUUUGACAUUUCUAUUCAACUCAAUUUUCAACCUCAUCCAACUACAGGCAAAAAUGUUCAGCCCUUUGAGACAAGUUGUACUUUUGGCCGGCGUUAUGGCCUGCAUUAAUGCAGCCGUCGUUCGUAACAGCCGAGGUGCCUGUCCUCCCUUUACGUCCAAGCCUGAUUUCGACUACCUACAAUAUGCUGGAGUUUGGUUUGAGAUCGAGAAGAUUCCCGUAAAUUUCGAGGAAGGAAUGACCUGCAUUCGUGCCAUCUACGAUGAAAUCGCACCAAACGUUAUCAGCGUACUCAAUACUGCCGUCUUGGCUGAUGGUAAUCUGACUGACAUCUACGGUUCAGCUUAUCAGCCAUACCCCGAGACUGAGCCUGGACAUUUAAUUGUUUCUUUCAAUGCCCGUGCUGGUGGUGCUGAUUACUACGUCCUUGACACUGAUUAUGUCACGUACGCCGCCGUCUACAAUUGCGUUAGCAUUGGGGAAUUCAAAGUAGAAUAUGCAUGGAUCCUGGCCCGUGCUAAUUCCCUGUCUCCGGAAGAAUUAACGUUUGCUAGAAAUGUUUUCAUUGCCAAUGGUGUUGACAUAAGUACUUUUGAGCCGACCUAUCAAGACUCAAAAUGUGUGUACUUUCCUUAACAAUCUUACUGUAAAAUAUUGUAGCCAAACGUUCCUUUGCAUUUCGCUAAUAAAUUCAUUAAUUUUGCCAA